AAGGCUUUUCUCUCUCUCUUCAACUCUAGAGAUAGAUAGAGAGAGAGAGAGAGAGAGAGAGAGAGAGAGAGAUUUAUGCUACAUAUAUGUAGCAGCUAUAGAGAGAUUUGGCCUAAGAGGAAGUAGAGAGAGAUAGAGAGAGAGAGAAAAUGAGUGAGGUUGGCAUGAGCCAAGGAGAUGAGGAGGAGUUACUCUUCUCCUCCGCAGCUUACAUAUCCAGCAACCACAGCAGCUUCUACUCCCUUCCUCCCAGUGGUUGUGAUCAGUAGUUGUUACUUACGUUCGACGUGCAUGUAUGUAUGUGUAUAUGUAUAUGGACGACGUACUACGUACAGGGGAGACGAGGAGGAGGACGCGGCGCAGGCGGAAGCGGGCGAGGGGCGAGGGGUCGGGGGAGGCGUCGAAGAAGCGGCGGCUGAACGACGAGCAGGUGAAGUUCCUGGAGCUGAGCUUCGGGGAGGAGCGCAAGCUGGAGACGGGCCGCAAGGUGCAGCUGGCGGCCGAGCUGGGCCUCGACCCCAAGCAGGUCGCCGUCUGGUUCCAGAACCGCCGGGCGCGCCACAAGACCAAGCAGAUCGAGGACGAGUACUCCAAGCUCAAGUCUGCCCACGACGCCGCCGUCCUCCACAAAUGCCAUCUCGAGAACGAGGUAUUGAAGCUCAAGGAAAGGCUAUCGGAAGCCGAAGCGGAGAUCAGGAAGCUCACGGCCGGCAUCACCGGAGCUUCGGGGGGCGGCGGCGGGGGUGGCGGAGGAAGUAGUAGUCCGAGCUCAUCCUUCUCCACAGUCACACACCGGCCUUUGGUUAAUGGAGAAUUUGGGGUGGAGGGAGAAACUGAUUUUAUGUACAUAUAUAAUGAUUACACCUACAAUAACUACAUGAUGGAUUUGGUUGGUCUCUAUGGGAUGUAGAGUUUAGUGGGGUUUUUAUUUUUAUUAUUAUUAUUAUUAUGAUUAAUGUGAUUAUUGUUGAUGUAAAAUUUGUUGGUAUGUUCUCCCCCUGCUGCUGCUGCUGCUGCUGCUGCUGCUGCAGUAGUGCUAACUAAGAGCAGAGGUAGUAUUGUACGUAGUGGGAGGUAUAUUUACCCACCCUUGUAAUUGUACACAGUAGGGUGUUGUAAGAUAUUUUUGUUCGCUCUAAUAAGGUUUCAUUAGUACUUA